UGCGUCCUCGAGAGCACGUCCUUCGUCUUCCUCGGACAAACCUGUCGCUGCGUCCGCCAGAACACCCUCGGUUGGCUGCUCGAUCCAACGGGAACGCUCGCGAACCCGAUCCACCGGUGACUCGCGCCGCAAGAGACCUGUUCCUUCGUUUCCUCCCGAAACCGAUUCGAAAACUCCGUUCUCUUCGCUUCUGAUCGCUCGAGAAUAUUCAAACUCGCGCGACAAACGGUCGGGACGGUGAGAGCGAGAGGAAACGUCGACGUUGGUAUCAUCGAAGCGGGAGGUGCCGUUUCGUCGAAGAUUCGAGGAUCGCCGAGCAGUUUUCCGGCUCGAAGAAGAGAAACUCGGUUCGAAGAUCGAAGAUAACGCCACGGAUGCUGUAGGAGCCCGCGCGACACUCGGCUGAAGGCGCAGAGAGAAGGGCAGAUGGGUAACGGAGUGAUCCCGCUGGUGGUGGUGGCCAUGGUGCCCAUAAUCGCGGGCACGAUCGGGCAGCGCGCCCUCGGCAAGCGGAACGCGCCGGCCAGCCUCGACUAUCCCGACUACUCCACCAAGUACGACGAGUAUCCGGUGGUGGUGCCAAAGAGGGCUGCCCUGCUAUUCGACCAACUGAUGGUAGCCUUGCAGAAGGUAGUCGACAACCAAAACAGAGGCGAGCUAGGUGGCAGCAGGACGUUCACGAGAUCGUCGGGGUCUCACAUGCCUGCUGGGGAGACGCAGAUCGUCCCGUCAGGGGACGACCAAACUGUGAAGAUGGACCUGCAACGACGCGGCCAGUCGAAAGAACGAGUAUACUGGCGCUGCUACUUCAACGCGGUGACGUGCUUCAAAAGGAAGUGAUAACGAGCCGGAACGUCCGCCGGUCCUCAGCCUCGACUUCGACACCCGACUCGACGAUCCCACACACGUAUAUCAUCUUCUCACACGAACCUGCAACAUACACGCACCUAGCUGCACACGACAGACACCGGACAAAUAAAGUCGCGAAACGAAAGGAAACUAUCCCCUAAGUCCCACCGAUCAGAUUAUUCUUAUAAUCCGUACCUUCCUCGCGAGUCGGGAUCGCCGUUUCAACCCUUAACACAUUGAUGACCGGUAGUUUUCCAUGUCCCAUGUCACCGGUUAUUGUUUCCUAAUUAAACAUGGAAGUGAGACAAUCGGAAUAAACUUCAAUAUACUUCAUUUAAUUUCAUAUACUUGAAAUUAAAUUUUGGACAUAUCUUUUAUAGCUUCGAAUAUUUAUUGCAAUUACAUUAUUCUACGUUUCAAAAAUUGAAAUAGCUGAUGCCAGUAAACACGAGUUAACGCCGGUCAACAAUGUGUUGAGAUCUCCAUCUUCCUCUUUCCCUUCCUCUCACACUCUCUCUCUCUCUCUCUCUCUCUCUCUCUCUCUCUUUCGAACACACGAACAUGUGUUGUGAAACAAUGUUUUGUCUCUCUGGCUUAUAAACAUCGGCAUGCAUUCGAUUAAACGUUACCUUCUAUUUUGGGAGCGUACCAAAAGCAAGACAGAAACCUGGUUGUGCUGGUUCAAUUGGUCACUUUUGAAAUUCAAGCGAUCCCUGAUCCGCGUCUCGUCUGAGAUUGACACGUUCGGUGCCACGUGUACUACAUAUGGUAAGAAAAUGUUUUUAACUAUUUCUACCGUUGUCGAGACACCUCUUGAAACUUUAACUUAAAAUUAUCUUCCAGAUUUAGUCAUAUAUUCUGAAUUCAUUUUUUGACUUUUCCCAUCAUUAUAAAAUCGACUAUAGGAAACGUCAAAAAUUCAAUGGAGAAAAAAUAAUGAAACUGAGGAAACAUUUAUAAGUUAAAAUUUUAAAGGGUUCGACACAGUAGAAACAGCGUUGACACAUGGUCAAGAAUAACGGUAUACAAAGCACCGUAAAGAAACAAUAUGAAAAUAUAUAAAAAUUACCAAGAGCUUGAAUAUCAUUUAUUUUAUUUAAAAAAUCAAUACAGUCCAUAAGGAAAGUGUUACCGAAAUUUCCGUGGCACGGAACGUGUUAAUCCCCAUCGACUCCCAUCCGAAGUUUCCCAUGAGGGUGUCGAGGUGCGUCAAGGCUCCUCGAGCAACCCCUACUCACAAGGGUCCUCCGAACACGACACGCGAUCGAUGUCCGAAACACACCGCUGGUCUUGGUACAUUGGUUGCUGUGGAGCUGGAUGCUGGUUAACGAAGUCCGAGUGCUGGCAAGAGUCAUUUUGUUUAAAAUAGACGGUUCAACACGUUGAAUGCUGAAUUUAGUUCUCAUUAACUUCAUGUCAGCUGGUAUUUAUUGUGUAUAUUGGUGCUAUAAUAAUAAUGAGUCCAGUGUGAAAAAUAAUUGAAAGAGAAUAUUAAAACAGUCUGAAGUCCAUGAUGUUUGUUGGAGCACUCAACGUGUUAAUCUUUAAAAACAAGAUUAAAAAAGACGUUUUAGAUAAUUUCUAAUAUGGAAAAGGUGAUACAAGAAAGCUUAGCUUUCGAAUUUCCUGAAGUUGGUUCAUGUGGAAAACUUCAAAUGAGUCUCCAACGUUAACUGGAGUCAUGGGGCUCUGUAUUAGUAACUGGAGUCUCCAGAUCACGCGAUUUCAUCGCUACGGAUAGUCUCUCCAGGCAAAGCAGCAGCUCGCAGUGCUUCGUGUGCGGAAACAUGUCGACGGCCACAGCCUUCACUGGCACUAACGGGUCGCCGACGUACUGCUUCGACGGUGGCCUGGCCAGGUCCACUAAAUUCCUCGCGGCAGCUCUCGGAUCGCAGGACACGUAGACCAGCCGCGACAAUUUGUUCGCCUUGCGCAGAGUCAGCAAAGCUCGUUGAUCUGAAACGUUUCUCCCUGUACUAGAGCUCUGUUAUUUAUCAGAUCUGUUAUUUAUCAGAUUAGUCUUGGUCUUACGAAGUCCUGCCCGUGGAGGAUCCACAACAGCAACGAUGUUGGACUUGGUGGUCCUGCGGAUCACUGGAGGGAGGAUGUCCUCCGCUUUGCCCACGAAGAACUCGCAGUUAGUCACGUUGUUCGCGACUGCGUUCUCCCUAGCGUCUUUUAUAGCGUCCUCCACCACUUCCAGGCCGAACACCUCGCCGCAGUGCUGCAAUGUCCUGAAUUUAAUACUCUGGAAUACUCUGGAAUACUUUUCAUGGAGUCUUUUUACCUUUGAGAACACCAGACCAAUCGUCCCAGUGCCGCAGCAGAUAUCCAGCAACGCUGUGUCCUCGUUGGGUGCUGCCAAGUCGAUGGCUGCUUUGUACAAUACCUCGGCGCCCAAGGUGUUCACCUGGAAGAACGCCUGCGGAGACACUCGGAACUUCAUGCCCAACAACGUCUCCUCUAUACACUUGGAGCCGGAGAUAUGAGUGAAAUUGUCUCCAUUCUCGCCAUCAAUGCU